AUGGCCGACAAACGCUCCUUUGACUCCAAGAAUCGGGUGGGAAAGUCCGUCAAGCACGCUAAGAAGAAGACGUUCGAUAGGCAUGUGUCCAAGGCGAGAAAGAUGCAGGAGAAGAUGGAAACCCCACCGCCCGCAACUCCCAUCAUGAGCCCGAUAGUCACUUUGAUCGUGGGCAUGGAUCAGCGUCUUUUCGUCGCGCACGAAGACAUUCUGUCCCGCUCGCCGUUCUUUGCGGCUAUCCUGCAGGAACAGGUGGUUGAAGACAAUAUGAACAAGGCGGUGGUCUUACCAGAUGAAGAGCCUGAAAUCCUGUCCUGCGUUCUCGAGUUCCUAUACAAAGGCGACUACUUCCCACGAAUCCUCCGGAACAAAAAGACGGAUUCGUGGGAACUCGAGAACGCCCAGGACGUCUAUAACACCGGCGGCCGCGGGUCGAGUGAAGCGACAAUUUUCCACUCCGCGGUCGGCGAUAUCGUCCUCCGGGACACGGUCGUGUACUGUGCAGCCGAGCGAUAUGAGCUGGAGAAUCUCAAGAAGCUUGCGCUGCGCAAGCAGGGGCUGCAGAGCGGCAUCCCCAUCGAUGUGAUCCUCCGCUCCGCUCGGUAUGCCUACGACCACACGCCGGACACAGAGUAUCGACUGCGCGCUCAUUACCUGGCGAUGAUCAUUCGCACCCGGCAGAUCUUCAAGAGCAGCGGAACCAUGCAGAUGGAGAUGGAGACUGGUCACAAGUUCUUUUUUGAUCUGUUUGUGGCAAUGUGCAACCAUAUGGAUGAUCUUGAGGAUCUCAGAGAACCUGACUUGCCCAAGAAAGCCUAA